AUGCCCUCUAAUAUUACUGACGCGAACAGGGUCGCCUUUCGCGAGACUGACGAGGCUGGGAAUCCCACGGCAACUUAUGUCUUUUCCCCUCGUUCGAAGACAUCCCCUGCGCGAGUAGACAAGAUAGAACCUUCUCCAUCUAUCUCAUCAUGGUCAACAAAGCCUCUCAUCAGCUCGCUGAGUGAUAUUUUCCUUCCUUCAGGAUAUCCACAGAGUGACUCCCUCCAAGCCUUCUGCAGCUCAAUCGCCGGCCUACUCUCCUCCAGGGCAGUUCUCCAAGGAGUUGGUGUCGGCAACGCCAACGCCUCUCCAACCUCCGCACUACUCCUCCAUAUCUUGCAAGACAUUUCAGGCCGUCUCGCAACAAUCCUCUUCGCCCACCGCGUCGGCACAGCUCUCGAGCCAGAAUGCAAAACUUACCGACUGGCAGCAGACGUCUUCAACGACAUCGCCAUGAUCCUCGACUGUCUCUCGCCAGGCGUCCCCGCGGGACCGAUGCGAGUGACUAUUCUCAGCACGGCGGGUGUCCUGAGAGCUCUCUGCGGUGUUGCAGGGGGUAGUUCGAAGGCGAGCUUGAGCGCCCAUUUUGCACGCUCGGGGAAUUUGGCGGAGCUUAAUGCCAAAGACUCAUCCCAAGAGACUAUCAUCUCGCUUUUCGGCAUGCUUGUCGGAUCAGUAGUAAUUUCCCACGUAACCAACUUCACCACAACCUGGCUCAUCCUCCUAACCCUCCUAGCACUGCAUCUAAGCACGAACUACUUCGCCGUCCGCGCAGUCCAAAUGACAAGUCUAAACCGACAGCGCGCAAACAUCACAUUCUCAACACUAUUCUCCUCAGACGAACAUCUAAAUUCGUAUCUAACCUCCGACCAAAGCGAAGCCACAGCCACCAACACAAAGAACCCAACGAUCCUCACCCCAGAACAAGUCUCCAAACAAGAACACAUCUUCCACCGCGACGGCGCUUUACAAUGGACACAACCCUCAUCCUCGAGAACCCACCAUCUCGGCUCCGCACAGAUAGGCGUGUCGAUGUCUACUUUCCUGCACGAAUCCAGUACUCACUUCGAGGCCCUCGUGUCUCUCUUCACGGACGAAGAGUACAUACUCCAUCUCUCACCGUCAACCCCAGUUUCCUGUCAUAAGUGGAACGCCGUCAUUCUGCUGAAACGAGGCUGCUCCGUACCCAGCCAGCUAAAAGCAUGGGCUCAUGCCUUGCUAGCUGCGCGAAUCCUGAGUCUGCAAGACAGACCUGCAGAGGCUUUACCGUCCAUUCAACAGAGUCUGCGUCUUCUUACCGCCGGGUCCCGCUUCGAGGGGUAUCUAGUUGGACUGCGGGGUGCAGGAUGGAAUCUUGAUAUCGCGGCGUUGGAGACGAGGGGUGGUAGGAGAAUCCAUAGCUAG